UUCCAUUAUCAGUCAUUUGUUUGUAUUUUUUUCCCUCCAUCUAUCCCAGACAUGGAGAUCAUGUGGCUGUACUCCCUGUGUGAAUGCAUUAUAUCUGCAUGUGUAAUUGUGGUGAGUGUGAGGUUGUGUCUGGCCGUCAGCCGUAGUGGUGCAGUAUCUGAUGUGCAGGUGAUGACCCAGGGUGCACGGACCAAAGCUGGGAGUGUCUCAUGCUGUCUGCAGCUGUGCCUGGGUUGGGUGGGGGCUGUAGGUGGUGCAGUCACGGUUCCUGUGACUGUGCUACUCAACCUGCGAACCCCACAGUGUCUGUACACCUGCAUUACCUUGGUGUGUUGCCCCAUGCUGGUCAGGCAGUUUACCAUGUUCUUGUUAAUGCUGCUUACACUGGACGCCCACCUGCAGCUUCACUUGGCAGACAGAUACUCCUCAGUGAUCACCCGUCAACGAGCUCUGUGUGUAGUUCUGCUGUGCUGGGUGGCCUCUGUCCUGUCCUCCUUCGCCCAGUUUAUCGGCUUGGAUGCUCUCGACGUCUGGAGAAGAGAUGGGUCUGAUCCAGGCACAGCUGGCCAUGGGCUCCAUGGCAACUGGACAACCUCUUUACCCAAUACCACUCCACUGGCCCCUAAGUACCACCAUGACCGCAAGGUCAUUGGAAAGUACCUUCCAUAUGGAGGCUUCCUGUCAAAGUUUUAUAUGGAGGACAACCACAACUUCACCUACGCUGAGAUUCACAGCAGCCACUGGGGAGUGUGUGCCCCUGACACCAUUCUCAGUCCCCAGUUCCUGGUCUAUGUCCAUGGGAUGAUGGAGUUCAUACUCCCCUUGGUUUGCCUUCUGGCCAUUUACCUUGACCUGCUAUGCAUUAAACCCAGGAAGACUCAUUUUAGUAACACAGACCCCCCUAAAAAUGACUCCUGCCAGGCCCGUUCCUUGGCUUUGUCCCUCUCCCUUUUAGUUCUGCUGUGCCUGCCGCUCCACAUUAUCCAUGCACUCGCGCUUUUCACCCCCAGUACCCCGCUUCCUGCCUGGGCUCAUGCAGUUGCGCUGUUCCUCUUCCAGCUGUACAGCAUUGUGCCCCAGAUCCUCUUCACUCCUCCUAAGAAAAAAGAGGAAGCGCAGACACCCUUUCCUCUGUCUGUUCCCCACCUUCCACCUGCAGUAGCUGUACCGUCCAGAGGAAAAUCUGUCCGCAUGGCCCUGUGUGAGGCAGUGCAGGCAUCUCCAUGGUCUUCAGCCAAACACUCCCUUAAAGCAAAAGUGUGUCCAGAGGUCUGAAUACGUGACUAAACGGAAGAUCUGUAAAUUUUGUUUUAAAUGUACACUUUUGUCAUCGAAAACGAUGUUCCUUGCUUUGUAUGCACGAGAAAAAGCUAGUGUUGUUCCACAAAUGCCUUGUGGACUAAAGAAGAAUAAAGAUACCAUGUUCCUGUGUUUUGUUGUUGGCUUUUUAACUAAUCAGCAACCUCAUGCACAGACGUUAUGAAUAACCCGCAAAUGAAAAGGCCAGUUAAUUAUCAGGUCCCAUACCAAAUGUCAGCGAGAAAAUUAAGUCUCCAGAUGAUGACGACUAUCCUGAUCACAGAUGUCUGUUUUCUUUGACUGCUCUUCCUAUGGGUCUUUUUCUAAGUCUGCUCUAAGUCUCCGCUAAGCCAAC